CAAAUCGGUGAAAAAAAAGUGUAGUGUUACGCGAGUGAGAGUUGAUCGUAGUUCGAUUUUCGGAGGAAAGAAAAAAUAUUUUCUGUUUCCUUCGCGGUUUAGCCCUUGGAUAUCAUUCGCUUGUGGUUGGAAACGACUCGGAAUAAUGGAGAUCAGCAAAACAACGAUUGGAAUAGCGGCCGGUGUAGCCGGAACGCUAUUCCUCGGUUAUUGCCUUUACUUCGAUCAGAAGCGCCGCAAAGAUCCGGACUUCAAGAAGAAAUUGCGUGAGAGGAGGAAAGCGAAGAAAGCGGCCUCGGCUGCUGGAGGACCACGGUCCAAUAUGCCCAACAUGGCUGAUCAUGAAGAAGUGCAGAGAUUCUUCCUACAGGAAAUCCAAAUGGGCGAAGCCCUCAUCUCGUCCGGUGACAUUGAGAAUGGCGUGGAACAUUUGGCCAAUGCAGUUAUCGUGUGUGGCCAACCUGCACAACUUCUACAAGUCCUCCAACAAACCUUACCAGCCCAAGUGUUCACACUGCUUAUCAGUCGCAUGCGACAGUACGGAAAUCAGAGCAGUGGAGGCGAAAGUGAGCGCGCCAAACUGCAGGACCUGAAUGAUGAUCUGGAAUAGUUUGCGAAUACAACUGUUGCGGAUUACUAAAUGGUGAUACCAAAAAUCUGGCAAUAGCGCAUGCAGUUGAAUGUACCGAUAGCAUAGAGAGAACAGCAAUAACAAAAUGAAAAGUCCUUCUAGAUGGAUACAAAACAGAAGAUAAAUCCAUUACAAUGAAGAUGAAUUUGAGCAAAGAAUGAAACAGGCUCCUGUAUGAAUAUGUUUUGUUCUUUCUCCACCCAAUACAUUCAAAAUCCUCACGUUAGAAAACCAAA